AUGGUUUAUGAGUUCAAGAACAUCCACACAAAGAUUGAUGGGAACUACUCUGACCUCAACAACAAGUUCUUACAACUUGCAUCUCGCUUCAACACUUUGGAGAGUCAGGUUGCCUUUAUGCCAUCAUCUUCCAAGAGCUCAAUGGAAUCUCUACCAGGAAAACCAGAAAAGAAUCCCAAGGAGUCUUGCAAUGUUAUCAUCUCUACUACUUAUUCAGAGAUUGAGCUGAGUGAUUAUGAGAAAGAGGUAGACGAGAUUGAGAAGCUAGUGUUUGGGAAAGUUGAAAAAUUGGUUGUAGCAACAGCUGAAGUACAGAUGGUGGAUAAAGCUAUGGAAAGGGUUCAAGUACAAGCUGAAAGGAAGGUUGAAGCAAUGAAUCUGCUGCGAUUUGAGCCUAGUGCUGAGAAACCAGUUGAGAGGAGAGCUGACCAGAAGCUGAAAGAGGUGAAGAAAAACGACAUUGAGAUUGAGCUGUCACCAUAUGACAAGCUCCCUUUCCCACAAAGGAUUCUCACCAAAGCCCAGAAGAAAGUGCUCUCCAAGUUCAGGAAAGAUCUUAGUGAUGUCGGGGUCAGGCUCCCAAAAAUCUACGGUAUGCGUGAAGCUCAUGUCCAAAUGAUGCUCAUCAAGGACAUCCUACAUCACCAAGCAGAAGUGGCCGAGCUUUUGGACAUCUCCAUUUUGAAGAUUGAUCCACCAGUCCCUCCACAGUUCCUCCCUAAGCUAGAGUCUCAAGGGAAGUUCACAUUGUCUUGCUCCCUUGGUAAGAUCACUAUGAAUGAUGCUUUGGUUGAUUCUGGUGCAAGUGUGAAUGUGAUCUCAUUGGAAAUGGUGAAAAGUCUUGGUAUUGAGAGCAUGGAGCCAAACACAUCUUCUCUCAUGUUUGGGGAUUCAUCUUCUACAACCCCCAUUGGCCUCAUCAAGGACUUCCCUUUGAAGAUUGGAGCAUGCACAAUUCCUAUAGACCUCACUGUUCUGAAGAUGGCAACUGAGAAGAGAGUUCCUUUGAUCCUUGGCACUCCAUUUCUCACAACAGUUGGAGCAUGUAUUGAUUUCCCAAACAAGAAGGUCACACUCCUCAAUGUGAACACGACUGUCUCUUACCCAAUCCAAUCUCCAAUGGAUGUUGUGUAUUGUGGAACAAUCACUUGUGAAGAACCAUCCAUUGAGAAGACCCAAGAUAAAGUGGCUGUUACUGAGAAAGAAGAUCUUGUUGGAGAGUCCUCUAAAAAGUUGUGUGUUGAGCACUUGGAAAGUGCUAAAAGGGAGGAGGUGAGUAGAGCCACAAAGGCUACUCAUGACAUGAAGAAGAUAGUGAAAGAACCUCAUCCUCCACCUCUUGAUAAGACUCCUCACACUCUCACUCUCCACCCAAUGAAGCUCAAGGAUGGAGCCAUUGAGUACAAGAUCAAGUGCAAGGGCAGGUCCAAGCCAUUCUCAAGUGCAAGGGCCAUCAUCACUCCUCAGCUUCAAAACGACCCCAUCAAGCUCCAAGAGCUCCUCUCUCAGAAGUUUCAGGCCAUCUCAAAGCUCAAGCUCUAG